AUGUCUAAAAGCUCGCGAGAAAAGUAUAGGUUCACUUUGAUGAACAACAACACGGCGUUUGAAACUCUUGUACAGGACAACGGAACAAUACAAUACACCAAAGAAAAUGCUAUCUUUAACGAAACACAUUUCUCAUCUCAAAACAUAAGCAGUUUACUGUCAACUCUGGAACUAAAUUUAUUUGGUGAAAUAACUAAUACAACCGAGUUUGAAGUUACGUAUUUAAAUUCUGAACUGCUAAAAGACUUAACGACAAAAUCAUAUUUUGAGCAAUCCACAACCAACAACUCGACCAACAGAUCGUAUGUGUCACAUUCGAGAUCCGCAUACGACUCGAAAGGUGCCGCAUAUUACAUAUGCAGUGUUAUCAUCGUCUACGCACUCGCUAUUGUCCUGCUUAUUGUUUCUUUAGCCAGGAGAAAGAAAAAAGACCAAUACAGACCUGCCAAUCAACGCUCUAACAGCGAAGAAUAUUACAUAAAAAUUAGGGACUUGGAAAAAUCUAUUAACGGUGCAAGGCGAUUGUCUCAUGGUCGAUCUUUAACGAAUAACCUGAAUGAAACAGCAAGCUGCUCGGAUACAUCAACCAAAGAUAUGAUCAAUUUCAAAUGUGACUGGUCCCUAAACGAACAAGUAACAUACAGCGUUCAGAGUAUGAGGCAACAAGACGUAUACAAAAUGAAUCCAACAUUUAAAGCAAACAGUUUCAAUUCUAUAACAAAACAUUCUGAAUAUUUGAAAAGUCCAAAACUAUUUUGCCACAAUUCUGAUUCAAAAGAGGAAAUCAUAACAUUGGUACAAGUGAUAGAUGACACAAAGCAAUCGCCACCCAUAACGCCUCCCAUCGAAUAUGCUGGAUUGAAGCAAAAACUUAAAAUUCAUUCAAAAAGUUUGGAAGAAACACAUAACUUUCGUCAUCAACAAGGAAUAAAAAAAUGCUCAUCAAGCAGAAGUGUAAAAAAUAAAUGCCGAUGGUCAAUGGGUCCAGACGGCAAUAUUUGGAUACUUCAACUUGAUAAUUCAAGCAGUGAAUCUGAAAAAUCACAUAAAGUUGCUCAUAACCAAUAUUCUGACCGUAAUGUAGGUCAUCAAAACAAAUUCACAGAACCGAAUAGACAGCUACAAAUUUCUAAUCUUCUUGAUUCCGUUUCCAGCCCAAAUAAAUUGAGCACAAAAGUUUUACUCGGUCAAGAAGCUAGAAACAUUAGCAGUCAACCUGCACAGGAACCAUUGUGGCAGUAUCGAGAUAAAUAUGUGGAAAAAAGAAAAUACCCUCCUAAGCGUGAAUUAUCAGAAAAUAUGUUUGAAAAAUAUGAGACCAGCCCAAUGAAACAUCACUCUAAAAUUCAAAAUUACAAGACUUCAACGACACCGCUACAGUUCCGAUGCCAAUCAAACCAACCUAAGUAUUAUGAUACAAAAUAUAAUGAUGACUUGAAAUGCUUCACAGCAAACAAAACAACUGUUUCUAAUGGUUACUCCAAUGGUACGUUGCCAUACAGACAAGAGAACGGUCGACACAAUUUGAACUUUGCAAACGAGACCAGGCACUUCAAAAACGGAAAUAAAGUUUGCCGCAACUCUACUCCACAAAAAACAAAUAUUCAAAAACUUAUCCAUGUCACAUCUGUAUAA